AUGACAACCGGGCGCCGAGACGGACGGACAUCUCUGGCGAGUGAUACCAGCAACCUCCCGAGUCCUUUCGACAAUUUCGAAACCCAAAAGACCAAAUUUGCCGCUAAAGGUCUCAACACCACAGAUCUUGUGGCCCUCCUUGGCGCGCACACGAUCGGGACAGCCGCAUGCCAGUUCAUCAGCUACCGUCUGUACAACUACAGCGGUACGGGCAAGCCCGACCCAACCAUCAACCCGGUGUUCCUCCCGAUCCUGCGGAGGGACUGCCCGCAGAACGGGAACGGGACCAAGCGGGUGCCGCUCGAUAGGGCUACCCCGACCAGGUUCGACAAUGCGUUCUACUUGGAAGUGGCCACGGGGUUUGUGGUUCUCGAGUCGGACCAGAGGCUGUUCAGCAGCAUGGAAGGCCAGAUCCCGGUCGCCCAACUCGCGUUGAAAUUCUUCGGCAACGAUAAAUUCGGCAAGGCCAUGAACAAGAUGGGGGCCAUUGAGGUGCUGACGGGGACCAAUGGAGAGAUCAGGAGUGUUUGUAAUGUCACUAAUUAA